UUAAAUAUUCCUGCACCGCGAAUUAGUUUUGAAUAAAACCGUGCGAUGGAGCUUCGUUUCUGAAUCAGAUGGGAGUAGAAACAAGCAAUGAUCAACAAGUUGGUGCAAGUUGUGAUCAACUGUGAUUAAAAUAUAAGAAACAAUGAGUGAAGAACUGUUAGAACUUGUAAAAGCACACACAAACUGUGCCCAAACACCUAAUUUACCUACUCAUGCAAAUGCUAACAUUCUGGCUGUACAAAUUGCUGGUUUGAUUACGAGGAAUCUUCAGGACAAACAGAAACUCAACACAUUUAUUAAUUAUAUUCGCAAUUUGAGCCAUCAACACAACAGGAAACAAUGCGUUAAUGUAGACAAUGUGUCUGUGUAUUUGAAUCACCUUCCAAUUGCUACAACUGAUCAAGAAGAUGAAGAUCUACAUUUACCAAAAGCAGACAUUAAUCAGGAAAUUAAUAGCUUCUACAGACAACGAGCCCAGAAACAAACUGAAGUGAAUAAAAUAAAAGAAUAUAUAAAUAUUCAGACCCAACAAUCUUUACCAUCAGAUUUUGACUAUAAUGUGAUAAUAAGUGAUACAAAUACAAAUGUAUUUGAAUUGAAUUUAAAUAAUGAUAUCAAUUCACCAAUUUUGGAUUCAUGUAAUGAUAAGCAGAGGGAAUCAGCAGUGAAAUUGGCAAUGUCAGUUUGUAAUUUACCCAGCCAUGAAAACCUAGCUAAAACUACUGUUAAUAACUUAGUUGCUAAACUUUCCAAAUACGAGGAGCUAUUAAUAUGUGAGAGGGAGUUUUUGAAGUGGUUAUUAACUGAGAGGCACUUAGAAACAAGAAGGUUGGUUGAACUGUUUCCAUUUUUAUUGGAAGAACAUCUGAUCGACAUUGCAAUCAAACAUUUACAAGGAAAGCUAGAAGGCAGAGAUUAUCAGCAAUUGGACUGGGUUCAAAAAGAUGUUGAAAUCAAGAACCAAGGAAUGGAUAUCAUACACAGUUUAUUCGUUAUGGCCAAAUACGAUUUAAACUUGUUGGAUGUUUUGAAGAAUAUUAUCCAGUAAAGAAAUUCGACUGCUGAGAAGCUGUUGAUAAGGCCAUCCCUACUGCCCCUGGAAGUGUCCCAAAAUUGGCUGAUUUGGUAAACGAGUAAUAACACCGACAUUUUAAGGGUGUUUUUGUCUGAAAACCCCCAUUUUUAUAUCUACUUGUAUUAACUUUCAGCAAUGAAUAUGUAUUAUGCGUUUUUUUUUAAUAAAGAAUA